AUGAAAAGAGUCGGAAUUAAACCAAAGCCAUCAUUUCGAACCGACAAUGAACACAAAGUAGAUCGGAGCCAUGACUCCAUAAAUUCCAAACUCGGUGAAGAACAAAAUACAUCUCUGAAAACGCUUUCUAACGAUCGCAAAGCUGAAGACUCCGAAAAUGGGUUCCAUUCAGGGAUAGAGAAAGACUCAGAAGCGAUGGAUCGAAAACUUAAAAAGUUUCUUGACGACGAUGACCUAAUGAAUUCUUAUUUAAGAGAGGAACAAAUUUCAUCUUCACAGAGCCGAAGUAGAAAAAAGAUUUCUCCUGCUAUUUUGGAAUUACUAGAAGCUAAGAAAAGAAUACUUACCACUUUGUGGGAAGACUCAGAAACAAAUUGGGCUCACCGUGAAACGUUUAUGCAUUCUCAUUUCAAUGAUGACGCCCAUAAAAAUUUUGAACAAAUUUCAAAAGAGACUAUGAGAGUUUUCGAAAUUAGAUGGCUAGAUUUAAGAAUUAAAGGGCUCAUAGAACAACGAGAAAACAGCCUUAGAAGUUUGAGAAAUAUUUGUGAAAAAAAUUCACUUCAUCCAAAAGAAACAGGUUAUAUCGACUGCAAGAUUUUUGAAAAACUACUUGGAGAUGAGAUUGUACUGUUCAGAACAAUUAGCCUCUAUAUCAUUGAGUACAUUGAAACUUGGAAGUCAAAGCAAACCGAGACAGAUCGAGAUGUAUAUUUAUUUGAAGAUAACGACUACAUUUUAAAAAUGGCAACCGACCUGAAACCCCUAGUUGAAAGAUUUUCUCAAUUAUUCAAUUACCUAGAAGAAAAAGAUUUAAACUUUCAGUCCCCAUUAUUCCUUCCAAAAAAUCCAAGAAUGUAUUUCAAAUAUUAUGGCCAACGAUUGGACAAAGACGCCUUGGAUAACUCAGACUUUGAAGAAAACCAGUCAAUAUAUUCCAAAGGUACCUCUGGUACGUUAGAUGAUGGCUCUUCCUUUUUUUUAACUUCUGUCAAAAAGAGCUCGGAUGAUUUUAGUGACGAAGAAGAAGAAAUGGAGAUUAGGCCAACCAGAGACACUGCAACAAACAGAUCUAUGAGAAGUGCCACAUCUCAAAACACAAUUAAUAUGCUAAUAGCUUUAAAUCAAGAAAUUGCACGUAAGGCACCUCAAACUGGAUCAUUUGGAAAGGUGCAGCAUUUUAAUGAAGAAACUACAUUACUAGAAGAAGACGCAGCCGAUUUGGAUGACGACGAGAACCGCCUUGUUUAUAAUAGAGUAAUGUCUGCAGACAAACAAAGUGAUAUUUCUCAACCAACAGAUCUAUUAGAACAAAUCCAAGUUCAAAUGCAACUACCUCCAUUGUUGGUAAAUCAAGCAUACUCUGACAGAACAAAACGUCACAAAAAGUAUACAGAACCACUUAUUUCAAUUAGACAUGAAGAUUUGUUAGAACAAUUAGAAAGAAGAAAUCCUCUUCACUACAAAGAUUUGAUGGAGAAAGAUCUAAUUGAAUUUUCCUCCGACUUGCAAAACAAUACUCAAGAGCAUUUGUCAUCGAAAAAGGACAAGGAGCUUCUUAGAUCGUUACUGUCUGAAAGCGAGUCGAACACAAUGGAUAUGAUCCAAACAUUAGACGAACAAACUAAAGUGCAUAACAUUGACCUUGCAAGCACAAAAAAAGUGCUACUAAAGAAAGACAAGCUCAUCCAAAAGUUUAAACAACAAGAGGAGAAAAACCAGCUCAAUGAAAUGUAUGAAAAGAUGAUGGAAGAACAGCGAGCAGCUAAAGCCAAAUUAGAAAUUUUGAGAAAGCGUCAUAUCGCCUCUACCUAUGCCAGCCAUUCCAAAUCUCAACCUUCUAUCACAAAUGCUCCAAGACUCAAGUUUGCUCCUCCAGAUCCUGUCAGGGAGAUGAGACGAUUGGCUCUGGCAGAAAAACAUAUAGCAUCCAUGAGAGAGCUACAAGCACUCACUACUAUCAUAUUUAAUAAAUUUGCACUGAUUUUGUAA